GGCCGGCUUUAACAGCAGCGCACUAUAUUUAAUUCGUGGAAUUGUUAGAGAAAUCAGAAAAUCACAACCCAAGGACCGACGUGCGUGAUCCCCCCCCAUCCCCGUCGAUUGCCCGAAUGUUCCAAGACUUCGUCCCCAUCUUGAGCGCCAAGUCUCGAUGCCGCUGUCGGGCCGACUCUCGGAACUUUGAGGCCUGCCUAGACGGUCGCGGUGCUUUUGUCAGAGCUCUACCAUCCAUCCUGGCGGAAGCGAACACGGGAAGGACGAUGGCGGAUCUCCUUCCGCUGAUGAAGGACUGCUGCGUCGCUCUGCAACGGCUGGAGGACACCUGUCCCGACUUCCGGUACCGCAAUGGUACCACAAAGAGGCCGGCCUCGCCCAGCGAAAACGGAGACGCCGAGGAGGACGACGAGUUCGGUUCGAUGAGGAAGCGAGUCAAGUACGUGCUGCUCAACGAAAAGGCGGGCCGCUCGCUGAGCAGGAAGGCGGGCUACAACGUCACCGUCGAGGACGUCCAGACCGUGCUGAGGCGCAACUGGCUGAACGAUGUCGUGAUCGACGUGUACAUGCAGCUCGUGGCGGAGAUGGCGCAGGAGAAGGGCGGCGCGGGCAGCGUCCACGCGCUCACCACGCACUUCUUCAGCGUCCUCCGCAGCCGGGGCUACAAGGCGAUCCAGAAGUGGACCGAGAACGUGGACCUGUUCUCGUACCGGCUCGUCCUGGUGCCCGUCCACGACCUGGACCACUGGUCCCUGGCGGUGCUCAACGUCGAGGCGAAGCAGAUAGACUUUUACGACUCGAUGGGGCGCAGGAACGAGGACUGCUGCAGGAUGCUGAUGGACUACCUGCGGCGCGAACAUCGGCACAAGACCGGCCGGAAACUCGUACCUGACACGUGGGACCACAACUUUGUGCGCAACGUCCCCAUGCAGACCAACACGUACGACUGCGGUGCCUUUGUGUGCCUCUACGCGGAGUGCCUAGUGAGGGGAAUCCCGUUCGAAUUCUCGAGCAGGGACCUGCCCAAGUUGCGCUACCGCAUUGCCUACGAGAUUCUGCAGGGGCGCCUGCUCUGAACUUGUCGUUGAUGAAGCGCCGGGUUGACGAAGGCGUGUUCCGCGUUCGCGUUCAACGGGAGCACCUCUCAAGCAACGAGACGGGAAGCAUUGUUUUGUUUCACCAGACAAGAGAGCAGGGGGGAAUGGGGCUUAAGGGGACGUGCCACAAAAUUUUCCGCGACAUCCUAUGUGAAGACAUUACAGGUUACUGCGACAGGGUGAUUUCAGCCACAGCAAAAGGACUUGCUGACUUGCCUGUGAUCUUUUUUUGGUAGAAUCUGAUGCGUAGAAUUACUCAUGUGCUGUUUUUUGUUUUCUGCGUUCCUGAAAUUUAUGCCAACUUUUCCGUUGUCACGAGUGCAAGUGCACCUUCUGCUCAUUUCGGCUCAUUCUAGCCUUAUUGUCGGUUACUCUCUGUGCCAUUACACUAUCAUUCAUUUAAUACAUUGUAAAUUUUCUUAAUUUUAUCUCUUUUUUUUUUAGUUUAUCGCUCACAUCUGCUUUUACUUGCCUCUUCAAGUGCCAGUACAGACUAAAAAAAAUUUUGUUUUGUACUGUGGGACAGCAAGCAGUGUGCUAUCUGAUAAGUUUGUAGUUUUGAUAUGUUUGUACCUUUAUAUUUAAUGUUUUUAUUCCUUUACGUUUAAAAAUUACCUUUAGAUUUUUAAGUCUCGCCCGUAGUGUUUUCAGCGCAUUUAUCCGCAAAGGUACCAUUGGAAAACUGCUUGUUGGAUGUGUUACUGUGAUAUAUUUUUCCGCAGAGUUUUUAGAUCAGUCACAGUGAACUUCAUGGAAAAUCAUGAUCAUGGUUGUCUCACAACGUAACCCCACAAAUUAUCACUAUCAGUGAACUUGAUAUGAUUGUGUCACACAGAAAAAUCCAGUGUGUUCAGACUUGUGUUUCAUAAUGACUUCAUCAUUAUUCUGUUGAGAUGUUGAUGGUAAAGGAUUAAUCAAAGGCAAUAUUGUCUUGUUCAGCAACAUCAGAUAACUAUCCAGCUAGCUAUUGUAGACCUUCCUUCCAGCAUGUUCAAAUCCCGUGGUAACGAAAAGUUUAUGUACCAGAACAAUUAAAACCAAAGAGGCAAGGUUUUAGAAGCACUGUGUUCAUGUUGUUUCGUGUGUACUUAAAGAAGAAAACAAGCCUUCAAUGUCACUACCUCAGUGUGAGAAAGUGCCAACACUAGAAAUGUUAAGACACAUAAUGUGCUCCGGUACUGUUUAACUGUACAAGAAGCGAAAGCUUCGGUGUGCUCUUGUCUGAAACGUUUCAGCAGUGUCACAUUGCACUGUGCAGUGACUUCACUUGAAGCAGUUUGGAGCAGUUGUUUGGGCGAAUCAAGAAUCCUUCUACAGGGUGUUCCAGAAAACGUGUCAUUGAAUUAUAAUA